AUGACUCUCAGUCUAACGGCGUCCUCGAGCACCAAUGGAACGGCUUUACAGACAUUUACAGCCAACACUACUCACAGUCUCACAUCUUCAAUGAUUUCGCUGCCUCCCUUUCCCACAUCGAAUUCAACUCAAUCCCCCUGGCCCACAGCAGCAAACGCCUCUAGCAUUCCGUCUUCUACGGUGUAUUCAGGAACUGUAGCUUCAAAGUACACGUCCAUCGGAAAUGGUCUGCCCCCAUUUCCAACAACGAACUCGACCCCACCUCCAGCGGCAACGGCAACGAUCAACGGCACCGUCAUUCUCUCUGGCAGUGGUGCUACAAUGAUUUCGACCGGCGUCACCGGCCUGCCCUCUUCCUCCCAUGCGCCACCUUUCCCCGUGACAAACUCGACCGCGCUGCCCGGACCUACAGGCAGUGGCACUGGGAUAUCAUAUCCUGCUUCGGGAACCGUGUUUCAAACAUCUGAGCCUCCAGAAACAUCCAACAGUAUUCCUUCUACCAUCAGACCGCCACCAUUCCCAACAGGGAACGGCACUGCUAUUCCAAGGCCAACUUGGAUUUCUGGUUCCGCAUCGGGACUCCCCAUCUCUACUUUUACGACCACUAGGGGAAACAGCAGUAUUACCGAGACACUCAGCAACGUUCCUUCUUCGGGUUUGUCGCCACCCUUCCCGACCUUCAACAGUACCACGGCCCCGGGUGCCACCGGCACCUCUGCUGGGACAAGAAACAGCGUCACUUGGCCCGGCACAGGCGGUCCUUUCGGCGCUCCUACCGAUUCGAGUUCAACAUGGGGCCAAUGGCCAAACUCAACAGCUUCAAGUGCGUUGUCCGCCACAGGUAUCCCGACAGGUCCUUCUGGCACUCCUUCGUCUCCUCCGCAAAACGUGACGGCCACAACAACAAACGGUACGGCCUUCUCAACGGGCUUCCCGCCUAUUACCCUCAGUUCGCCUUCGUCUCUGCCUCCAUUCAGCAACUCGACCACCAUCUCUGAAGUAAUCUCGACGCCUCAUGUCACCUGGACUGCGUCAGGAACAGUCUUCUCUUCUGUGUCUAUAUUACCUGUACCUACGCUCUCGCAUUUCAACUCAUCUACUUCUGGAAUUUCUUCUGGAAUUUCUUCCGGAAUCGCAUCGCCCUCUGCGCCCUCUACCAGCUAUUUUUCUUCCCCUGGCGCCCCGGCAUCUCUGACCGAGUCUGCGCAACCAGCAGUCACCAAUUCCACUGGCCUUCCACCUGGAACUUCAUGGCCUUGCCAUACCGUCACCAGCACGAAUGGCACCAUCACUCAGGUCGUCACCACAAGUGUUCUCAUCACCUCCGCCACGGCGAGCGCUGAUCCAACCUGGGCAUACCCACCAUCCUCUUUGAACAACACAACGUACCCUCCCAGGCCUUCCUGCACUUCCAAGUGGCAAAACAUCACGAUAGCAUCGUCGGCUGGACUAACAAGUACAUGGACGUCUUCAGUCCAGACCGAUCGAACCUGGAUAUCUGUAAACCCUGCCACGACCUUUGUCACAUCAACGACAAGCCGCUUGAGUAAUCCCAGCAAGGACAGCGGUGCCAUACCCGAUACCAGCUUCUCUGUAGCCGGCACGCCCACCACGACCAUCUCGAACGCCCCUCUUCCUUCAAGCCCAGCUUAUCCAUGGGGAGGUCUCGGCCCUAUUUUCCGACACAACAGUGCAACUGACCCGGUUGACGAUGAAAACGGGUCACCCGACGGGCCAGUGGUCCAGGAGAGGAGCGGUAUCUGGUGGGCUCGAUGGAAGAAACACAUGGAUCGGCUCGCACCUCGUCAUCGAGCAAGGGAUCGGGCUGCCUAG